CCACCACGGUUAAUUCAAAGCUACAUAACUGGAGUUGACACAGGUGCACUUCAAACACUCAAAUUGACACAGAUUCGGAAGCCUCUGAUGAAAUCGGCUUUCAUUGAUCAGAAUUUAACAGAAGAAGAAGUCAAUAUGAAAUUUGUCCAGGACCUCUUAAGAUGGGUGGAUGAAAUGCAGGUACAGCUUGACCGAGCCGAAUGGGGAUCAGAUUUGCCAGGUGUUGAAAGCCAUGUUGAAAAUCACAAGAAUGUUCACAAAGCUAUUGAAGAAUUUGAAUCAAGUCUUAAAGAAGCAAAAAUCAGUGAGAUCCAAAUGACUGCUCCCCUCAAACUCAGCUAUACAGAAAAAUUGCACAAACUGGAGAGUCAAUAUGCAAAACUCUUGAAUGCCUCUAGAAAUCAGGAAAGACACCUUGACACCCUUCACAAUUUUGUGUCACGUGCCACUCGGGAACUUAUAUGGUUGAAUGAAAAGGAAGAGGAGGAAGUUGCACACGACUGGAGUGAAAGGAACACAAAUAUAGCAAGGAAAAAGGAAUAUCAUGCCGAUCUGAUGAGAGAACUUGACCAGAAAGAAGAAGUUAUUAAAUCAGUUCAGGAAAUAGCAGAACAAUUGCUCUUUGAAAACCACCCUGCGAGAUUAACUAUUGAGGCCUACCGAGCUGCAAUGCAAACCCAGUGGAGCUGGAUUUUACAGCUCUGCCAAUGUGUUGAACAGCACUUAAGAGAAAACACUGCAUAUUUUGAGUUUUUCAGUGAUGCUAAGGAGGCUCUAGAUUACUUGAAGAAUUUACGAGAUGCAGUACAUCGAAAAUACAAUUGUGAUAGAUCCAGCAGCAUUCAUAAACUAGAAGAUAUGAUCCAAGAGUCUAUGGAAGAAAAAGAACAGCUCCUGCAGUACAAGAGCACCGUGGCAGGCCUUGUGGGCAGAGCAAAGGCAAUAGUUCAGCUAAGGCCGAGGAAUCCCGAAAAUUCCCUAAAAACGUCCAUCCCAAUUAAGGCCAUCUGUGACUAUCGACAGAUCGAGAUCAAAACACUCUUGCCAGGUGAACAUCAGCAGGUUUUAAGCAACUUGCAGUCUCGCUUUGAUGACUUCUUGGAAGACAGCCAGGAGUCCAAAAUCUUCUCUGUUGCUGACAUUGCCCAGUUGGAAAGGGAAGUGAAUGUAUGCAAGCAGUACUACCAAGAGCUCCUUAAGUCUGCUGAGAGAGAGGAGCAUGAAGAAUCUGUUUAUAAUUUAUACAUCUCAGAAGUUCGAAACAUCAGACUUCGAUUGGAGAAUUGUGAAGAUCGUUUGAUUAGACAAAUUCGAACUCCUCUGGAGAGGGAUGACCUACCUGAAAGUGUGUUCCGUAUCUCUGAACAAGAGGUAACUCUUCUCAAUUUGCUGAUGAAAACUACCUUUUUGAACAUUGUAAUCAAGUUCGAACAACUUUUAUUGCAUUAAAUUAAUUGGAUAAAACUA